AUGAGCAAGCUCGUGCCCAUCACUGGAUCUCAGGCACGCGAUGAACGGCUUGAUCUCGAACAAGCCUUUCCAGAGAUUGGCACCGUGAUCGCCGAGGCCGGCGGAUACCGGUCCUUUCCAUCCGACUCCGUCAUCCCCUCGGACCCGCUCCGGGACUUUCUCAAGCGGCGCCUCCCGUGCUCCAUGACAUACACCAAGAGCGAGAUGCGGCGCCGCACCGACGAGUACCUUGCGCAGCAGCCGCCGGCCGAGGUCGCGCCCGUCGUCGAUCGCCUGGCACGAUUCCUUGUCGCCUUCCUCGGAGGAAGCUCGCUGGUUGUGCCCAUGCUGGUCAUGCGCCUGCCCGAAGUGUCGCUGGCCAAGAGCUUAAUUACUGUUUCGGUCGCCGUUUUACUCUUUGCCAUUGCCUUGUCGAUCCUGUUCCGGGCGUCAAAUACCGAUACCAUGGCUGCUACGGCGACGUAUGCUGCAGUACUAGUUGUGUUUGUGGGAACCAGCUCUUGA